AUGCCGAGUGCCACUCUUGAAGCGGAGUAUGGGCGCCGCAUCAACACGGUUAAUGCAGUGGCUGCGUUCUGCAGCGUGUCGACUGACCCAAUCUCGCCGUCGACCUUGGACGAGAUUGUGAUUAUUCUGCGUCAAGCAAUGGAAUCCGUGCGGAUUCAUUCUCCAGAACACCGACCCACGAAAUACUUUCUCUGUAUCAAUCCUUCGAAUCUCUCACUGGAGGACCGGGUGAUGGAAUUCGCAAACACCCGGUUCACUCACAAGGCAUUUUCUACGAAAACAUGUUAA